CCUCUGAUCUGACCUGUCCUUCCUCGCACCACGACAAGACACCUCUCUCACGACCUCACCGUCACUGGGCCCAUCUCACUCUUUACCGCAGCCAGUCUGCCACCACGCUCAUUCAACCUUCCGGGUCCUUCUUCCUCGUCGACUGUCGCUUCUCAACAACACAACAACAAACAACCGCUAUCCCACAGAACAGCCGCCUUUCGAAGAUCUGUGAUCUCAAGCAAACAAACAUCAAUUCCAAGAUGCGUUCCGUCUUUGCUGUCGCGGCCCUUGCCGCCGGUGCCCUCGCCGUCCCAUACGCCGAGAAGCGUGGCCUUGAAGCCUACGUGGAGGACGUCGUGUACGAGACCCAGCUCGUGACCGUCACCGCCUAUCACAACGGCAACGGACCAGCACCCGCUGCGACCAGCUCCGCCGCCGCCCCUCCUGCUCCUCACUACGGACACAAGAACCCACCACCACCACCUCCAGCUCCAGCUGCGACCUCUGCGGCUCCCGCUCCGCCUCCAUCCUACCCAGCUCCUCCAUCCUACCAGCCUCCUGCUGCGCCAGCAUCGAGCGCUCCAGCCUCCUCUGGCAACCAGGGCAGCGGGGAGACGCCCACCGACUACAAGAGCAAGGUGGUCCAUUUCCACAAUUUGGUUCGCGACAACCACGGCUGCAGCGCCGUCGAGUGGGAUGAGGACCUCUACAACUGCGCCAAGGAGAUUGCCUCCAGCUGCGUCUAUGCUCACAACGUUGAUGUUCAGGGUGGUGGAUACGGUCAGAACAUCGCCGCUGGUGUCGAUGAGGAUCAUAUCGGAUCGGUCCUCAUCGAUAUGUUCUACAACAACGAGAUGCCUCACUACACCUGGUACGGCGGUGAGCCCGACAUGGGCAGCUUCGAUGUUUGGGGUCACGGUACUCAGAUGGUCUGGAAGAGUACCACCCACGUCGCCUGCGCCACCCAGCACUGCCCUAACGGUCUCGCCAACACUGGAGCGGGCGUUUCGGCAUGGUUCACCGUCUGCAACUACAAGGGACCAGGCAACUUCGCCGGCCAGUUCGCUGAGAACGUUCUGCCUCCUAAAGGCCCCCCAUCAAUCUCCGGCUACUAGACGAUGAACGUCUGAGACGACCACCGGCGGAACAACCACGCCAUGAACGCCCAUCUUCUCCCUUUUGCUUAUAUCACGAGCUCCUUUUCCACGAUUCGAGAGUGUGGAGCGGCUACUCAGGGCAAUUGUGCAAUUCACACGGCGUUCUCCUUUCUGCGAAAACUUCGAGACCUGACAUCCACCUUUUUUCGUGCAUCCAAACCAACCAGAGUCAAAUUCAGAACCUACAACAUCCCGCAUGUGUGUGUCUCCUUUCUCUCUUCACACGGAAAGGUGGGUGUCAGACCUCGAUGAUGAGCGACGUUGUUUUUGCGCAUUUUUCGCUGGGCAGACCGCACUCUUCGCUCUCGAAGGCAGUCUCGCUCGUUUGCUGUUUCCACCCGACUUGAGAUUCAGUCGCCACCACCAGUUGCAGCUUUCUGUACACACUUCGCUUCCUUCAAACCAACGAGUCCACGAUCCAAACACACGAGACAAAAUCAUACCAUGGCCUUGCUACAAUGAACGUGCUGGCUGGAUCAGCUCUUCUCUGUACCGUAGUCCUUGAACAGAUUCUUGUCGUUACAGCUUAUUUGGACCCCGG